AUGCAGUCAUUCGAUACAACAUUAGUCUCUAGUGACGCGAAUCAAUCUGAUCCAAUCGUUGACAGAAAAUCAUCUCACGAUUAUCGACGUUUAAUCAGGAAAGGCCGAUCGGUGUUCCAAACCAACGAUCUACUAUCAGUACCAGAAGAUCCUGAUAUAAUUAAUGUUGAAAAGUUAUUCGAAGUAGAACUGAUGAAAACAAAAAAAUUGAAGGAUGACAAAAAUCUUCAUUAUCAAGAUCGUAUUACUAUCAAUGUAAGUGGACUUCAUUUUGAAACAUUGAAAUCGACAUUGGCAUUCUAUCCGGAUACACUUUUGGGUAAUGAAGAACGACGAAAACUUUUCUAUGAUCCAAUACAUCAUGAAUAUUUUUUUGAUCGUCAUCGAGCCUGUUUCGAUGCAAUUCUUUAUUUUUAUCAAUCAAAUGGACGAUUACGUCGACCAAAAUUUCGUGAAGAAGCUCUUGCUCAAAUACGAAAAGACGAAAAUUUGAAAGAAUUACGUAAAAUUUCUUUACCACGGAGCCCUUUUGGUCGUUAUUUAUGGGCUACUUUAGAACAUCCAGAAUUUUCAUUUAUAGCAAAAUUUAUUCAAAUUCUUUCGGUGUUUAUUAUUUUAUUAUCUACUAUGGCUUUGGCUGUUGAAACAUUACCUAAAUAUAAGAAUUUAAGCAGUGAAAUAUGCAGCUCUGAUACUAGUGAAGGAAAUUCAAUAACAAUCGGUCAGGCAAAUAGUACUGAUCAAUCAUCAAUAGCGAAAUCUAAUUGCCAUACCUACUUUUCAUCACCAUUUACUGUUAUUCAAACGGUAUGUGUGAUUUAUUUUACAUUGGAAUUGAUUUUACGUAUGAUAAGUAUGCCAUCAUUAUGUGGUUUUAUCAAAGAUUUAAUGAAUUGGAUUGAUAUUCUGGCCAUUUUGCCAUAUUACAUUGGCCUAGCAAUAUUUUUUAGUAAUGGAGGAUCUAAUGGUCAUUCAAAUGCUCAAGCUGCAUUGCAACUAUUACGUAUUCUUCGUUUUGUACGUGUGUUUAAAUUCUAUCGAGUAUUUCGAAAUAUUAAAGCAAUACGACAGUCCUCUUGA